CUGCAAUCCGGCACGACUGGAGCGGGACUUUGCCUUCACUUUCGCUUUGCCUCCUUUGCCGCGGCCAGACAUUGUGUGCGUGCGUGUAUCGUCCGUCCGGUACUAGUUCUGCCUCUAAACUGAUGGCAGGGCCACGGUGGCAAGCGCUUUUGUACUGGCGUAGCGCUGCGCUGCACCAAUACUGGGACGGCACGAACGAGACGGACUGGUACGACGUGCGAGCCAAAGGGGCGGAGCUUCGCUUGCUACUCGAUCGGCACAAAAGCGGAGCCCCUGCCGGCUGGUGGGUAUCACUUUGCCCGCGUAUCCCAGCCGAAGCAGUCGAAGCUCGAAACAUGGCACCACCGAAAGCAAGCGGAAAGGCCACCAAGAAGUCGCCCGCCGCCGGCAAGGCCCAGAAGAACAUCGUCAAGGGCGAAAAGAAGAAGAAGAAUCCACGUCGAAAGGAAAGCUACGCUAUCUACAUCUACAAGGUGCUGAAACAAGUCCACCCGGACACCGGUGUCUCGUCGAAGGCUAUGAGCAUCAUGAACAGCUUCGUCAACGACAUCUUCGAGCGGAUCGCCGCCGAAGCCUCCCGGUUGGCGCACUACAACAAGCGAUCGACGAUCACUUCCCGGGAGAUUCAAACCGCCGUCCGGUUGCUGCUCCCCGGCGAGUUGGCCAAGCAUGCCGUUUCCGAGUGUGGGGUGUGA